UAACUAUUUUUUUGUCAAUCAAACCUGUCAUCAAACCUGUUCAUCAAACCUGUUUUCCACAUUUAUUUUCCUAUAAUUUUUUCCUUCUCCCUCUCUCUCCUCUUACGUGCACUUCCUGCACGUUUUUCUCACAUCCAUUUAUUCUCUAUAUUCUAUAUACUCGGUUGUUCUUUCUUAUAUCGUUAUUUCGUUUAACAGUGACCACUGUUGCAAGUGUUUGCGGUCUAAAUGUUCAUCUUCUCUCUGUUCAGUGUGAAAUUACAGUAUUAGAUUCUAGUGGUGUAUUUAAUUCUGGUUUCCUUUACGGAAAUAAUUAUUGGCUGGGAAGUCGUAGUCAAUGUCUCGAUACAAUGAAUACAGCUCGUCUACUGAAUUCAAAGCACAAAAUAUUAAAUGAGACACUGUAUUAUGAUUAUUAUUCACAACAGCAGUUUCCUUCUUUUGAAGUGAAUUAUUUUGUCGCUCAUUUUAGACACAACAAUACUCUUCAGUAUCAUGUGAAUAUAUUUGAAGAGGAUGUGAUUUUACUCGGACUCUGUUUGCCAGCGUCGUGCUCUAUAAAUGAAUUAAAUUUUAUUUUGAAAAAAAUACUUCAUGAUAAUUUCCUGAUCAAUGAUCUCUAUUUCAUGGAUUUUAAAUUGAUCGAGAUUAAAAACUUAAAGAUGAUUAUGAAUGGUUAUCCAGUAAAAUAUUAUUCUUCAUCUGGUAGAGGAAAAUAUAAAUAUAGCAAUUAUUCUCCAUAUCGAGAUAGUAAAAUUGAAAAAAUAUUAAUAUGCUUCUCCGUUUAUAGAAAUACGAGAGAAAUAUUUAAUACAAAACUAAAUGCCGGUGAAAUACCUGUCAUUCACGGAUUAAAAUUUUUAAGUAUGUUAUGUCUAAUUUUCCUCCAUACUUUUUAUUUCUCAGCAGAAUUUGUCAAUAAUAAAGGAUGGUUUCUGAGAUAUAAUGGCAAUUUUUGGAUUAGUUUAUUUGAUACUUUAGUGCUAUUAGUCGAUAUUUAUUUUCUUUCGAGCGGUUGUUUAGUGACUUAUUUGUAUCUGAGAGAUAAAACGAAUAAAGAAUUGAUUAAGCCAAUUGGUUACAGACAAAAAUUAAUGACUUUUUCUAUAUAUAUAAUAAAAAGAUUUAUACGGCUAACUCCGGCUUACAUAAUGACAUUAGGAAUAUUCUUAUUGAGCUCAAUUAAAUUGCAUAAGACUUCACAAUUUUAUAUGUACGAGAAAUCAUAUGAAACUUGCGAGAAGUAUUGGUGGAGAAAUCUUUUGUACAUAAAUAAUUUCUUUGGCCUCGAGGAAAUGUGCAUGAGUUGGAGUUGGUAUUUAGCUAAUGAUAUGCAAUUUUUUAUAAUUGCUCUAAUAAUAUUGAUGUUGUCAACUGUGUACUUUUAUGCCGCUGCUGUGCUGUUGGGUAUACUUUUAAUAGGUUCCGUCAUCCUUAAUGGUUACAUUUCAUAUAUUUAUGAAUACAUUCCAACUUGGGGUGAACAGUAUAGACUUUUGGAUAUCUUAUAUUUUCCACCAUGGAUUAGAAUAAUUCCAUAUAUUAUGGGAAUAAUUACAGGUUUCAUUUUAACGAAAAUAAAUAAUAACUUUGUCUUAGAAAAGAAAAAAAUAAUAUUAUGUUGGUUGCUUUCGAUCAUUAGCAUUAUUUUUAUAAUAUUUGGUCAUUAUACAUCCGUACAAUAUACAUCCGUUAAGAUUACUGCUAUUUAUAUUGCCUUGCAUAGAGUGUUUUGGGCCAUAAGUUUUGCAUGGGUUGUAAUAGCAUGUUUUACUAAACACGGAGGUAUCGUUAAUCAAUUGUUAUCAUUCAAAGGCUGGAUUCCUCUCAGCAGACUUACUUAUUGCACUUAUCUUUUAAACCCUAUCAUUAUACGAUCGAUUAGUUUGUGUAGUGAAGCGCCAUUUUAUUUUCAAUUUUUGUUUAUUCCUAUAUAUCUGGGAUAUGUCUUUCUGAGUUUCUUCUGUGCUUUUGUAUUGUCUUUAUUGAUAGAAAUACCUUGUAUCUCAUUAAUGCGAAUGUUCAUCCAAUACUUUAAUGUAAAAGAAUAUGAAUAUAUAAAUAAGAAAAAAUUGUAAUAUUCAAA